CCACCAUGCGCGGAUCAACAAGGACAAUGUUCCGCUUCGAACACGGCCAGAUACUGCAGGGCAAGAGAUCCUCUUACACAAUCUCUGCUGCUCUUCGAAACCGUCAGGGAGGACCAUGGCUUGCGAUUGGUCCGAACCAAGAGAGAGUCACGGUGAAGGUUGCUCCUGCAAAGCGCCUGGAUAACGAAGCCCGGAUGCUCCGGCUGUUCCAAGGGUGUGACUCGAUCCGCCAGCUGGUCGAUGAGGUCGACGAUCCACGGUCAUUGGUGCUCGAAUACAUGGAGGACAAUGUGUUCAACUUAUUGAAGGCAAAGCGCCUCCCCAGGGCUGAGGCCAAGCGUGCCCUCAAGGCCGCUGUUCAGGCACUCAUCGCACUGCAUGAAAAGAACAUUGUGCACACAGACAUCAAACCCGACAACAUACUCGUCAAACACAGUCCUGCCGGUCCUCUGUACAAACUCGGUGACCUGGGUGACUGUUCUUCACCCGACGUGCCCUCGAACGAUGGAGGGCAUUUGAUCGGCGCCGAACUCUUCUGUGCUCCAGAGGUGCCGCUUGGAAUCCCCUGGACAGUCAAAGCUGACAUCUGGGGGCUUGGUGCCACAGGCAUUACUCUCAUAACCGGCCGAUAUGUCUUCUUGCCGAGAAAUCCCCCCCCUCCGGGCGAUCCGCAAUUAUCCUUGGCAGUCCUCCAAAUCCAAAAUGACUUCUAUGGUCCCAUUAGCAGGCAAGCGCUCCAUGGCCUGGCGGACGACUCGAUUCUGCCGUUGCUGCAACAGUUCGAAGAGAACUACCAGCCAUUCCCAUUGUCGUCCGCCUCUGCUUUGAUCACUCAAGAGGAUGUCGAUUUCUUCGGCCACAUCAUGAAGAUCGACCCGAGACAGCGCCCAACUGCAAGCGAGAUUUUGAGGCACCCAUGGUUCAAUGGCGUCUAGAAACUUCAGGGUCUUGCGUAGACCAUGGACUGAUACGGGCUCUCAUCAAAUUCGGCUCUAGUUGGAUCCGCUGCAAGGCGUUUUCACUCCAAUACAGCUCAACGGCUUUCAGAUUUCCUUCGAACUUCAUCAGGCAGUCAGUCAAGGAAGGAUGCGCCAAUAAACGAGCGUUCUUUC